UUUGGCACAAAAAACCUACCGUUUUGUCACUGAACAGGGCAGUGACGCUGUGGUGAGCAGGAAGUGAGCACAGGUUUCCAAGAAGUUGCAGAGGAAAACAAACUUGCUAGGAGUUGGGAAAGGCUGAUUGUGUUUAGACCUCAGACGAACCACCUAGCCUCUUAAGGCUCAGGCCUCUUAUCUGUCAGAGUUUGGUCCCUCUAACCUGCGGCCCACAGACACCUUGGACAAUUUUAAUCACCAAUAAAGAAGUAUGUAACUAAGUGAUAGUGGUGUAUUUUGAAAGAACUGGAAGAGUCAUCAUGAAUGUGAACACUUCGAGCACUCCCACUGGUGAUACUCAAAGGUUGAAGAAUGUCUCAUUGGAUGUAAAGCAAAUGAUUAAAAAUGAAACAGAUUUGGAUGCUACUGCUGACCUGAGAAAGAAACUCCAUAGGGCCAAGAAAGAGAAAUUAGAAAUAACAACUAAGCACAAUGCAGAGCUGGCCUGCUGUGAGAGCCAGAUUGCCAAGCUUCGGUCCGAGGUUGAAAAAGGAGAAGCCUUGCGACAAAGUCUGGAAUACGACCUGGCUGUCGCUAGGAAGGAAGCUGGGCUCGCAAGACGGGCUGCCGAAGAAAGACUGGCUGAGGCACACAGGAUCCAAGAGAAGCUCUGUGCUCAGAAUUGCGAACUUCAAGGAAAAGCAAACGAGAUUGAGAAGGAAUUUCAGACUUCCCAGGAGAAAUGGAAAGAAGAAUGCAGAAGAUUUGAACAUGACUUGGAAGAAAGGGACAAUAUAAUUCAAAAUUGCCAUCGGGAACAUGAUUUGCUUCUGAAAGAGAAAGGCAGGCUAGAGAAAGUUCUGCAGGAAGCGUUGGAAAAACAUCAGCAGGCGAAGAAUGAGAUGGAGUCUCAUAUCAGGGAGACAGCAUUGGAGGAUUUUAGAUUACAAGCAGAACAAUGGGAAGCAGAAAGAAGAGAGUUGCAAUUUAUAGUACAGGAACAAGAUAAUGCUGUACAAAAUAUGCACAAGAAAGUAGAACAAUUAGAAACAGAACAUAUGGACUGCUCUGAACUCUUACAACGACAAACGAAUGAACUUGAAUUUAGUACUCAACGAGAGGAACGUCUUAGGAAAGAAUUCGAGGCAACUACUCUGAGAGUGAAGAAAUUAGAAGAAAAUAUUGAAGCAGAAAGAGCAGCACAUCUGGAAUCAAAAUUUAAUUCUGAAAUUAUUCAGUUACGGAUUCGAGACCUCGAAGGAGCUUUGCAAGUGGAAAAGGCCAGCCAGGCAGAAGCUGUUGCUGAUUUGGAAAUGAUCAAGAAUGAAUUCAAAGAAGUUGAAAGUGCUUAUGAGCGAGAAAAACUCAAUGCACAAGAGAGCUUUGCAAAACUAAGCUUGUUAGAAAGAGAGUAUUUCUCCAAAAACAAGAAACUGAAUGAAGAGAUUGAGGAACAGAAGAAAGUGAUUAUAGACCUUUCAAAGAGACUUCAGUAUAAUGAAAAAAGUUGCAGUGAAUUACAGGAAGAGCUUGUAAUGGCUAAGAAGCACCAGGCCUUCCUAGUAGAGACAUGUGAAAAUAACGUGAAGGAAUUGGACUCGAUCUUGGACAGCUUUACUGUGUCGGGCCAGUGGACAUCAGGCAUCCACAAGGACAACGAUAAACCUCCCAGCUUCUCUGCUGUCCUUGAGACUUUAAGGCGUACCUUGACAGAUUACCAGAACAAGCUGGAAGAUGCAUCUAAUGAGCUAAACAGUAUGAGUGACACAAAGGAAAAGGUGUCUAACGAGCUUGAUUCUAGCAGACAGAAGAUUGAGUCUCAUACUAAAAGUAUAAAGGAGCUUCAGGAUAAACUGGCCGAUGUCAACAAAGAGUUAAGUCAUUCACGCACCAAGUGCGCAGACCGUGAGGCUUUAAUAGGCACCUUAAAAGUGGAACUACAAAAUGUGCUACACUGUUGGGAGAAAGAAAAGGCGCGGGCAGCCCAGUCUGAAAGUGACCUGCAGAAGCUUUCCCAGGCUUCCCGUAAGGACACUGAGGAGAAACUAACCUUCCUUCACACUCUGUAUCAGCACUUGGUAGCAGGCUGUGUGCUCAUAAAACAACCAGAAGGCAUGCUGGAUAAAUUCUCCUGGUCUGAGCUUUGUGCGGUUUUGCAGGAGAAUGUUGAUGCCCUGAUUGCAGACCUCAACAGGGCUAAUGAGAAGAUAAGCCAUCUAGAGUAUAUUUGUAAGAACAAGUCCGACACCAUGAGGGAGCUUCAGCAGACUCAGGAAGAUACCUUUCACAAAGUGGCAGAGCAGAUCAAAGCCCAGGAGAGCUGCUGGAACAAGCAGAAGAAGGAGCUGGAGCUGCAGUACUCUGAACUCCUCCUGGAGGUGCAGAAGAGGGCACAGAAAUUUCAAGAAAUCGCAGAAAAAAAUAUGGAAAAAUUGAACCGUCUUGAGAAGUCCCAUGAACAGUUGGUUCUUGAAAACGCGCACUUCAAAAGCCUGUUAUCAAAGACUCAGAGGGAGCAGAGCUCCUUGCUGGCAGCCUGUGCCCUGAUGGCUGGGGCCCUGUAUCCUCUUUAUAGCCGCUCCUGUGCCUUAUCUACACAGCGAGAUUUUCUCCAGGAGCAGGCCAACACCUUUGAAUCAUUCAAAUUGGAAAUAAGAACACUAGCCCAGGCAUUGUCCACCGUAGAUGAAAAAAAACAAGAAGAAGCCAAGAUGAAGAAAAAGCCAUUCAAAGGGUCCAUACGGCUGUUUCGGAAAGGUGCUAUUGUGAUUUUGGCAGCAAACAGACUCAAGAUCCUGGGCCAGUCUUGUGCCUCUCUUUUUACCUGGAUGGAGAGUUUCAAAGAAGGCAUAGGCAUUUUAGUGUGUACAGGAGAGCCCAAAGACAAACAUAAAUUUCCAAAACAUCAAAGGGAGCAGCUACGCUGUUUACAGGCCCUCAGCUGGCUCACCAGUUCUGACCUUCUUGCUGCAAUAAUCAGUUCUAUGGCUGAGUUACAAGAAGUCAUUAGCAAAACAGAUCCCAAUUCCAGAAUUUGUGGUCAUUUGCUUGUGGGUGCAGCCAAAAAUUCUUUUGCAAAACUCAUGGAUAAAAUCAGCCUGGCAAUGGAGAAUGUACCUCUGCACAACAGCCGGAGUAUCACGUAUGUGGAAAAGGAUUCCCUGGUUCAAAGGCUGGCCCGUGGCCUUCACAAAGCCAACACACUGGCCCUCAAGUACGGUUGGCGUGGUCAUGUGCCCAUUAUGAAAAGCACAGCAUCAUUACAGAAGCAGAUAUUUGGAUUUACUCAAAGACUGCAUGCAGCUGAAGUGGAGCGCCGCUCACUGCGCCUGGAAGUCACAGAAUUCAGACGAAAUGUGAGUGAGAUGAAGAAGGAGCUUGACAAAGCCCAGGGUCUCCAGAUGCAACUGAAUGAAUCUCAGCACUCGAAACUGAUCACCCAUGAGAAGUUUGAAAGUGCAUGUGAAGAACUCAAUAAUGCGUUACUUCGGGAGCAACAGGCACAAAUGCUGUUGAAUGAACAGGCCCAACAGUUACAGGAGUUAAAUUACAGACUCGAACUGCACUCCAGUGAGGAAGCUGACAAAAACCAAACUCUUGGAGAGGCUGUUAAGAGUCUCUCCGAGGCAAAGAUGGAGCUGCGCAGGAAAGAUCAAUCCCUACGUCAGCUCAAUAGACAUCUCACCCAGCUGGAGCAGGACAAGCGUCGGCUGGAGGAGAACAUCCACGAUGCGGAGAGUGCCCUCCGCAUGGCAGCCAAAGACAAAGAAUGCGUUGCCAAUCACAUGAGAACAGUAGAAAAUAUGCUUCACAAGGUCAGAGAUCAGAUCUCCCUGUCACGGACCGCAGCAAGUAGGAACGACUUCAGCCUGCAGCUACCCAAACUGCACCUGGAGACCUUUGCAAUGGACGGGCUCAAGGGCGGGCCAGAGGUUGUAGCAUGCCAGGCCAUGAUUAAAAGUUUCAUGGAUGUCUACCAGCUUGCAAGCGCUAGAAUCGCCACAUUGGAGAAGGAAAUGACAUCGCAUCGAAGUCACAUUGCAACUCUGAAAUCUGAGCUUCACACCGCUUGUCUCCGUGAAAACGAAAGUUUACAGUCAACCGGAUCACGAGACCAUUCAAAUCUUUCCAUUCCUUCAAGACCUGCACUUGCUGCAGACACAGUUGGCGUUGGGGAUUUUUUUCCUUUGGAGGCUGAACUUGAUACAACUUACACUUACCUAAAGGAGACAUUUAUAAACUCUGCUCCCCGUGCCCUGACAUCAUCCCACUCCUCUCCGGUGACUAUGUCUGCCAGCACAAGAAGACCAAGUCAGACUGGGCUGUGACUUUUUGAAAUAAGCAAAUGAAGAAAGAGUUAACUGUGCAAUUAAAAUUGUUUUGAAGGGG